AUGGCGUCCAGCAUGUUUUCGUUAGAGGGCCAUACGGCCAUGGUUACUGGCUGCACACGCGGCAUUGGCCAAGCUGUCGCUGUUGGCCUGGCGGAAGCCGGCGCGGACAUUAUCCUCAUCCAGCGUGAUACAAGCGUCACCGAGACGAAAGACUUUGUCGAGGCCCUCGGCCGCAAGGCCUGGAUCUAUACGGCCGACAUGGCUGUCCAGGAACAGGUCGCCGCCCUGACGCCCAAGAUUCUCGCCGACGGCCACGAGAUUCGCAUUCUCGUCAACUGCGCGGGUAUCCAGCGCCGCCACCCCUGCGAAGAAUUCCCCGACAGCGAUUUCAACGAGGUCAUCCAAGUAAACCUCAACGCCGUCUUCACCCUCUGCCGCGACGUCGGCGCCCACAUGCUGCAACUCGCGCCCUCGCCUGCCACCGGCCGCCGCGGCAGCGUCAUCAACUUUGCCUCGCUGCUCACCUUCCAGGGUGGCCUGACAGUGCCCGCGUACGCCGCGUCCAAGGGCGCCGUCGGCCAGGUCACCAAGAGCUUCGCCAAUGAGUGGACGAGCAAGGGCAUUACCGUCAACGCCAUUGCCCCGGGCUACAUCGAGACGGAGAUGAACACGGCCCUGCUCGGCAACCCGGAGCGCCUCGCCAGCAUCAGCGCCCGCAUCCCCGCCGGCCGCUGGGGCUCCCCCGACGACUUCAAGGGCACGGCCGUGUACCUCGCGAGCCGCGCGAGCGCAUAUGUCAGCGGGCAUGUGUUGGUAGUGGAUGGUGGUUGGAUGGGCCGGUAG